AAUUGAAAAAUUGGCCCCGCCGCCGAGACCAAGAUGGCCGCAAGACUCGGCGCCUUCCUCAAGAAUGCUUGGGCGAAGGAGCCAGUACUGGUCGUGUCCUUCUUCAUCGGGACCCUCGCUGUAAUUCUGCCCCCAAUCAGCCCCUACUUCAAGUACUCUGUCAUGAUCAACAAGGCCACACCCUACAACUACCCAGUGCCUGUCCGCGAUGAUGGGAACAUGCCCGACAUACCCAGCCACCCCCAGGACCCCCAGGGGCCCAGCCUGGAGUGGCUGAAGAACCUGUGAGCACCUCCACUGACCAAGGCGGGCCCUUUCUCGGCUCCCAAUAAAAAUGUGAAAACGAAAAAAAAAAAAAAA